AUGGGUAGGAAUCUGACUCUUCACCGGGGGCUCUUACUCGGGCUGAUGGUGCGCUAUAAGACCAUCAGCGAGCAAGAUUUGCCACAAGGCUUCUCUGCCGAUGGAAUCAAAGGCUGUCUUGAAGUCGGUGAAACAGGCAGUGGUGAUCUAUGUCCCAGUAUGCGGCGUAGAAUGAAGGUCUGGUACUUACUUGUACUUAUAACGGCUCUGGUCAUGCCUGAUCUAGCCGGUCUCGAUGAUGUCACGAACGGUACCUCUCCAUGCGUUACGAUUUGCUGCAGCGGAUCUGGAGAACUCCACCCAGUUUCUUCUCCGGCGCCGGAGACCGAAUACCGAAGGUCCAAGAACCACUUCCAUGUCCUGACAGACUGA